CGCGCGCCUCCCGUGUGGUGUGGACAGCUCGCGCGCUGUGUACAGUGCAGUAUCGACCCCAGUCCGUGCUGCUGAAAGUCUCCCACACCGCUUCCGAGAAAACCUCCACAUCUUCAAUCUCUCUCAAACUAACACUCGACUUACGGAAUUGCUCAUCAGUGGAGUCUCCGCGUUACAAAAAUAAAGAAGAAGAAGAAAGAAAGAAAGAAAGAAAAACCCCACACGUGAGCGGCGUCGCGCGAGACUUGCGUUCUUAUGUGAAGAAGAAGAAGAGCGGGUGCGUUUUAACGCGUGCGUCAGAAGAAGCGAGAAGAGCUCGCGCCGUGCACCUUGGCACUAGUGCGGAUUUUAUUCCACUUUAUUUCGCUCCGGUGUGUGUGUGUGUGUGUGUGUGUGUGUGUGUGUUUCACCGGUUUUCUGCUUUUUUAACGAACGUGGAAGUGUGUGUGAGGCGAGGAAGCGCGAGACCGUUUCACUGGAUUAAAGCUUCAGAGCUGCCGUGAUGGAUCGGAGGAUUGGAAACCUGCUGCUUGUCCUCGUCGUAAGCGUCCGUGGUCAUGAGGCUGACCGAGACUUUGCGAUGUGUGGAACGUGGCUGCACGGUGGUGGCUCGCGAACGCUGGACGUUGAUUUAAAGGCUGGAUGUACAGGGAUCAACAUUUCAGCCAACGCCAGCACGCUGUCCGUCCGCGGAUCGAUAACGGCCCGGUGUGUUCUGGCUCGGGCUGUGGCUCUGAACGCUUCUCGAGGUUCUCCCAGUUCCUUCUGCGUGUUCUGGGAGCCGCUGCUGGACCGGCUGGUGAUGAAGCUGAACGAGGAGAGCUUCAUACUCUGUGACGCCGGUAAACUACAGCGCUCGUGCUGUACCCAUCUCUCUCCUGGACAUCAGACUCAUUCCCAGGUGUAUGGAAUCGUGAACAGCAGCUUGCUGGGGGACCCAAUGAGAGCCAGCGUCAUGGCGGCGUACGAGUUUAACGGCGAAACGAUCGACUGCAAGAAGUACUUCUGCAGUAAGGCAGCUCAGGAGACCCGAGGAGCGAACAUGGUAGAGGAGGUCAUGAUGAGGUCGACCGAGGUCGGGUAUGUGGAUCUGCCGUGCGUUCAGGGCACCGUGAUCGAGAUGACGGAAGAUUUCGCAGGAGAUAACAUCACUCUGCCGGCUCCGAGGGGUGUAUCAUCAGAGAGGAUCCCGUCAGUGCACUUACCCACCUGCCUCAAACCCGCCAAGAGACGGAAAUCCAAGGUGGUGUGUAGCUUCUACAAGAACAGCACGUUUUUCCAGAAAAGUUCUCGCGGGAUUUUAGAAGACGUUGUUGGGAUUUCGGUGGAAAACGAGAUCAUCACGAACCUCCCGGAGCCCGUCAGAAUCAAGUUUCAUCACCCGGGACUCGCGAAAACACAGAGGAGAAAAUGUGUUUCCUGGGAUACAAGAAAAGAUAACGAGGUCGUGUGGAGGGAGACGGGUUGCAUAACGCUUCCGUUCGGCGCAGACGAGACAGAAUGCUGCUGUAAUCACCUCACGUACUUCGCUAUUCUUGUGGAUCUGAACCCUACGAGGAAUGUGCGCCACCUGGAGGCUCUCACCUUCAUUACAGCGGUGUGCUGCGCCAUAUCCAUCACCAGCUGUGCCGUUCUCUUCGUAUCACUCUGCCGACAGAGGAAAUUGAAGAACCAGUCGAGUCUGGUGCAUCGUGGUCUGGUCGUGGCUAUGUUCUUCCUCCUCGUUCUCUUCAUCCUCACCGGCACCGUGGCCAACGCCGCAUCCGACAGCGUGUGUCGCUUCAUCGGCGGCCUGCUGCACUACACGCUCCUCAGCGUCCUCUGCUGGAUGGCUGUGGAAGUGAUUCACACCUUCUGGAUGAUGUACAUGGUGUUUAAUCCGUCACCAAAGCCAUGGAUCUGGUACCUGCUGGGAUUCGGUGUUCCAGCUCUGCCGGUUCUUUUUCUGGGAUCCGUCGGAGACAUUUAUGGCCAGAGGACGGUGAAGUCCGACGAUGUUCUCGAAACUCCGUAUCGCAUGUGCUGGAUGACGGACUCUCGCUCGGCUCUGAUGGCUCACUUCAUCAUCAACAUGGGCCUGCUGGUGGCGGUGGUGAGCUCUGGCCUGGUCAUGCUUCUCCUGGUGUUCAGGAAGAUCCGUCACCGGGACGAGUGGAAGAGGAACCGCGUGGCCUUCCUCAGCAUCUGGGGUCUCAGCUGUCUGUUCGGUUCCACCUGGGCUCUCGCAUUCUUCACGUCUGAAGCCUCAGAAACCGUCCUCUUCCUCUUCUGCAUCAUUAACUCGUUACAGGGAUUUUUCCUCAUGCUGCGGUUCUUCGCCCUGGAGUGGAUACAGAAGAGCUCUCGGUCCAGUUCCGACUUCAGCAGCACCGGAUCCACACGACAGCACAUGCUGCAAGCUCAGGAGAACAACCAGGAGUGACCUCCUGAACAAGUGACUCUCAUAUAAAAAGCUAGGAGUGUGUCGAGGUGUCCUUUUAGAAGCAGUUCUCCGAGACGGGCGUUUAUAAAGAUUUAUAGUUCAGCAUUAGACCCUGCUGGUCAGGUCUGUGGCGGUGCACUGAAGAAAGAACGGAAAAAAAACAGACCCAAAAAAUAAAAAAAAAAAUAAAAAAAAAAGCUUCCUCGACAUUAAGCUGCGUAUUCGACUGUGUAAACCCUGAACAUUUCUCACGCCUUGUGAUCUCAUUCUGUCGUUAGCACUUUAGUUUUAUUCCUGACGCUCUGACUACUGUUCAGAAAUACUGUGUCCAUUUUUAGAUAGAAUGGAAGGUAGAUUUUAUAAAAAAAACAAAAAAAUUAAAAAAAAAUAAUUAAAAUAUAAAAUGAUUUAUUGGUUACAAUCUGGGGAUAAACCCGACACGACCUUUAUAUAUAUAUAUAUAUAUAUAUAUAUAUAUAUAUAUAUAUAGUUUAUUGCACUGGACAUUAACUUUAAAUUUAUUCCUAAUUCACUCACAGAAACUUUCAACUAAAUAAAAAAAAUGAAAUAAUCGUAUCCUGCGUUCCGCUCCUGAGUUUGUGUAAAUCUGCGUGUGACGUCACAUUAUUUCACUUACAUGCCAACGUGGGACGAAAUUAAACGAAGACAUAAGACCGGCCGUUUAAUCGGGAUAAAAGUAAUGGCUCCCUGUAAAAAGAGGAGGAGUUAGCGCGUGCGGUUUUAUUUACGGUAGCCGACGAGCCGCAGUGGCUGGGCUGAGCCGCGUUGUUAGAUCUAGGAGGAGCUCUUUCACCGUCCGCUCGCCGUUUUGCGAACUUUCGUGGGCGUGGCCGAAUGUAACUGUGAACGUGAACCGUGAACGCUCUUGGUAAUCGCAGCCGAUCGGGCGUUUAUCGGUGCACAAGCGCGAACUGUAAAUCUGGAAGGGACUGUGAGGUCUGUUGGGACGCAUCUUUAGUCAACGGUGAGAAAUGAGACCCGGUGUUGGCGCCGUUACAGGAGUAGAGCUCACACUCUGACGAAGCUUCAUUAAUCCACGACUAUAAUAGGUUAGUGUUAGUGUGUGAUGAGUCGUCAUCACGGCGUAAAUGCAGAUUUACAGGCCAUAUAAAGUAAACAUCAACGCUUGAUUGUAAGUAUUUCUAACGGUAAACGAGCGGGUCAUUCGAACCCGAUCCCGAGUUCACGGUGUGUCGUUGGAUUUUAGCGGAAAUGUGUGGAGUAUCAUUUUCCUCUUUGAAACUGACAGUUUGCGAUUCUCAAUUAGAAAAAAAAAAAAAAAAUGUGCAUAGUAAAAAAACGUAAUCAUUUAUCAUCUUAUAUUCAAGUCUUUCUGAAGAUUUAUGAUUUGAAAAUAAAGAGCUAGAUUUUCUAUUGCUUGAUUUAUUUUUUUUUUUUUUAUGCAAAUUUUUUGAAAGAUGUGAAUGUAGAGUGAAUAUAUUUAACGAUCCGAGCUCUUUUCAUCAUUAUAUUCAUAUUUAAGCUAUGAACGUCAUUAUUUCAAGUUCAGGAGAAUUUCCUACACUGAAGCUGAGCAUUUUUUUUUUUAAGCGAAUAAAUACGUUUUUAAAGUU